CUAUGGUUGUUCUCACUCAUAAAACACAAGGAAGUGUUGCUGAGCAGGAGAGAGCAUUUAGAAAUCUUGGGGUGGAGCGGAUCUUUGCCUUUGAGAAUUAUACCCCAAUGGAUAAUAUAAAGACACGAGGAAGACAUGAAGAUGUCCUGAGGUUCCUACAAGAAGUUAUUAAGGAUGUGCAGUUUCGAUUGUCUGAACCAAGAAAUCCAGAAAAUGAAAUGUUGCAGCACAAACAUAUUGUGUUUGAUUACAUCAGGAAAAGGGAAGGAGAACAAAGAGUGAGAAGGCAAAUGGAGGAAGAGAGAGAGAGACAAGACCCAAGGCAAAAUAGAGUCAGACCGGAAAUUGUAGGACAAAGAAGAAAGCAUAGUGUGGAUGUGAAGAUGGAGGAAGAGAUAAAGAGUGAAGAUAAAAGAAGGAAUCUGGAAGAUCAACUUAGAAACAUACAGGGAUUACUCGGGAAAGGAAACCCUGAGAAUGUGUAUGAGAACGAAACAUGGGACAAUCAAACAAGUGGAAAGUCAAAGAAGGGAAAGAAACCAAAGGAAGGGAAAGAUGCUUGCUCAUUACAAUAAACAUGGACAAUAAAGGGAUUGGGAAAAGCAGGAAGGGGCAGAUAGAGUCGUAAGAUUACAUCAACAGCAUUUAUGUGUGAUUUUGCAAUUAAUUAGGCAUAAUAAAGCAGUUUAUAUUGUUAUUCCAGGUCAAAUAAACUUUGAUUGUGGGCAAGAUGUAAUAAAUGUUUAGCAAUCAGCAGGCAUUUUCCAUGGGUUUCAUGGUGAUUGCUAAAAUCGUAACACUUUUUAAGUAUAGACCAAUAUUGUUAAUACCAAUGAUCUGAAACUGUUAAAAAAAAAAAUUAUGAAAACAAGGGACUAGACAGGGCUGCCCCCUUGCACCCCUUUUACAUAUAUUGACUCUUUAACCAUUAGCAGAAAUGAUAAGAAAAAAUGGACAAAUAAAUUACCGUAUAUAUACUCGAGUAUAAGCCAACCCGAAUAUAAGCCGAGGCCCCUAAUUUUCAAAAAAUGGGAAAACGUAUUGACUCGAGUAUAAGACUAGGGUGGGAAAUGCAGCUACUGG